AUGUCUACGGCCCUCCGGCUUGUCGUGGUCAUGAAUAUCCCGCUGUUACUCUUCGGACGCGCCGUGCAUGGUCUCGGUGCCGCGGGACUCAUCACCCUCGUCAACAUCUGCAUCUGCGACCUGUUCUCGCUGCGUGGCCGCGGCCUGUACUUUGGCCUCAGGUCCAUCGUCUGGGCCCUAGCCAGUGGCUUGGGCCCUGUCCUCGGCGGCGUCUUCACCGACUGA